AUGAUGCUCGCCAGCGGAAUCAACUCCCGCGAAGUUGCCACCUCGUGGCCAAACCCCGAAUGCCAUCGUAUCGUCAACGUGUUCAACACCGACACCAUCGACACCAUCGACGUUUUGAUCACGACAUUCGCGGCGCUCCGUAUCCGUGGCGGUCCCAACUUCCACCCGGGGGCAUGCCACCGAGGCAUCAUGCUCGAGACUCCAGAUACCUUGGAGCAGCACUUUGAGACAAGGAAAGUUUUGCUGCGCGGUAACGGGCCAUUCGCCUGGAAGGUCCAAUACGUUCCUGGGUCACUCGACUCGUGGCGCGAUCUAGUCAUGGCGAAACGGGCGGUGGAGCAGGACCAAAACUCGUAUCCCGAACUAAAUGGUUUUGUUCAUCAGCAACGCAUGGUCCUUUUCUACGACGUUGCUUAUCUGAUGGGGAAAGAUGAGAGCCAGUAUCCUAGAGACCGCGUCCACUGGAGCAAAUUGGAAGUCGAAGAGAUCAAGCGCGAAGGUCUUUUUUACUUCGCCCUCGGCAAAUUCCUCCAUGAAAACCGCGCCGCUGCUAGCAAGCUUUCCGACCGACACACGAUGAGUAGGAUCGCCAAGAGCUAG